AUGGGCAGCAUUGUGUUGGCCUCAGGGCAGGAAACCCCUGCUGGACACAUUGCUGAGAACCUUCUCAAAGCCAAAGAAAUAGCUCUCAAUGACUCCCGUGUACCUGAGCAGCUCAGGAAUUACUUACAAAAAGCUCUUGAUGUUGCUCUUGGUCUAGACCCUUACCUGGAUGCAAUGGCAACUUCUAAGAGAAAAACUUCACCUGAUCACGUCCCAGGGGAUGCUGAAGGAGCUGGAAGUAGAGUUAGGCUGCAGGAAGCACGUACCUCUGGCUCACUGAAUGGCCAAAUUUUUAGGAUGUUUGUUCAUCUGAUCAGAGCCAGGAAGAUUUUAUUAAUUGGCAAGCUUAAAGGUUACAGUAUCCUUGCUAUUGCAGAGGAAUUGCCAGACGAUGGCAAAAUUUUUGCAUGUGCAGAAGCGCCUUAUCUGGGAGUGAACAGCCAGGAAGCAUUUGAUUAUUCUUCAGAUGGCAAAAAGAUAAGCAUGCGAGUGGGACCAGUGGCAGACACCUUGGAGGCAUUACAUGCUGAGGAUGAGCACUUUGAUAUAGUCUUUAUUGAUGCUGAUCAAAGGAAUGCUGUUCACUACUACAGCUUUGUCAUGGAUAACCACUUGCUGAGAAUGGAUGCAGUGAUCUGUGUAGAGAAUACACUCAUGAAAGGACAAGUCUACCUGGAGAAUGUAUCAGAUGAAAAUGUACUAGCUGUCAGAAAAUUAAAUUCAGUGAUUAAUUCAGAUCCUCGUGUUGAGCAGGUAAUUUUACCUGUGCAGAGUGGACUGAGCAUUAUUCGAAGGAUCCUUGUACCUCCAGAUGCAGUGAUUGAAUCCAAGAAAGAAGUGGUGAGGGAUGACGUCUUCUGGGGCCAUAACAGGCGGAACAUCCUGGACCGGCUGCGUUUGGAUGGCAAGGUGGCCUAUGUCACCGGCGGGGGGCAGGGCAUUGGCAGAGCCUUUGCUCAUGCCCUGGGGGAAGCUGGUGCCAAAGUGGCCGUUGUGGAUCUGGUCCUUGCCAAGGCAGAGGCGGUGGUGUGUGAGCUCAGCCUCAAAGGGAUUAAAAGCCUUGCCCUGGCAGUGGAUGUAAGCAAGCCUGAGGAUGUGCAAAGGAUGGUGGAUGCAAUCGUGGCUCGCUGGGGCACGGUUCACAUCGCGUGCAACAACGCGGGAAUCAAUCUGAACUCUGCAAGUGAAGAGACUUCCCUAGAGGAGUGGGACAAAACCUUUAAUGUUAAUUUGCGAGGAUUAUUUUUGUGCUGUCAAGCUGCAGGCCGCAUUAUGCUGAAUCAAGGAUAUGGGAAGAUAAUUAACACAGCAUCUAUGGCAAGUUUAAUAGUCCCGCACCCGCAGAAGCAGUUGGCGUACAACGUCUCCAAAGCCGGGGUCGUAAAAUUAACACAGACGUUGGGAACCGAGUGGGUUGACAGAGGAGUAAAAGUCAACUGCAUUUCCCCGGGCAUCGUGGACACUCCACUCAUCCGCUCCAAGGAGCUGCGGCCGCUGGUGCAGCGCUGGAUGGGCGACAUUCCCGCCGGGAGGCUGGCUCAGACCACCGACCUGCAGGCUGCCAUCGUCUACCUCGCCUCUGAAGCCUCUGAUUACAUGACAGGCCACAAUCUGGUCAUCGAGGGCGGACAGAGCCUGUGGUGA